AUGUCAAAGAGUCAAGCAAGAGUUAAAGAUAGGAUUAGUGCAUUACCUGACGAAAUUCUUUGUAAAAUACUUUCUUGCCUUGAACUACAAUGUGCUGUGAGGACCACCGUUUUGUCUCCGAGAUGGAAGAAUUUAUGGACUUCUCUUCCCAACCUAUGGUUCUGCAAUGAAGAUUUUAGUGAUGAUGAUGCUUUUAUGACGUUUGUGGAUCGUGUUCUUUUCUUUCGUGACUCGUCAGACAUCAAAAAAUUCUAUCUUGACCUCGAGGAACCAAAGGAUGAUUUCUCUCGUAUUGAAAGUUGGAUUUGUACCGCCAUUAGGCGGAAUGUUGUUGAACUUAAUCUUUGUGUCAACUUAUAUCCGGACAAGACUUUUGAAUUGCCUCGAAGCCUUUUCACUUGCAAAACACUAGAGGUGUUGUACCUGACGUCAAAUUUUAUUGCCAAUCCUCCAAAAUCUGGGUGUUUCCCGAAUCUCAAGUUCCUCGAUGUUCUGGUUCAUUUUCCUAACCAUAAUAACUCGUCAUUCGGACAGAUUUUCUCUAAUUGCCCUGUGCUUGAGGAUUUGAGAAUUUAUGGGCCUCUUGGGGCGUAUGAUGAAGUUUUGGAUUUCAACAUCUCUGCACCUGAACUGAAGAUAUUAACAAUAGGAUUGUACAUUGACGAUUUUGAGGAUGAAGAGUAUAAUUUUCAUAUUAAUGCUCCAAAACUUGAAGUCUUGAACCUCCCUGAGGGUGAUUCGUCAGUGUUUUCAUUUGAGAUCAGUGCAAAGUCCCUUGUCAAAGCCAAUAUCAAUCUUUCUAGCUGUCGUGUACAUUUUGACAGUACAAAUGGACUUCUGGAAGCCAUCUCCAAUGUCAAACAGCUGUCUCUUUCAAAUCAUUAUUUGGAGGGUGGUGUACCUGCUUUUGAUAAUCUGAACCAUUUGGAACUGUCUCUUUGUGGUUUCACCUGCUGGAGAUAUCUAAUAGAGUUUCUCAAGAGAUCACGGAAUCUAGAAUAUCUUGAUAUCCAUCAUUGCAAAGGUGAGCAUGUGGACUUUACUCCUCCAGCGUUUGUGCCUGUUUGUAUGUUGUCACAUCUCAAGACUAUCACAAUAGCAAGCUUUGAGGGAAGGCAGGAUGAAAUGAGAGUUGCUCAGUAUUUGCUAAAGUACAGUGAAGUUUUGAAUAAGAUGACUAUUUUUACCAUUUUAGGUCUUCCAAGAGCAGAAGAGGAGGCACUGUACAAAGAAUUUUUGAUGUUCGAACGGGGUUCAAAGACUUGUCAAGUUGAAAUAUAUAACUAGUUUAUAUAUCACCUUAACUAGGAUGCCCUUCUUUGGUUUUACCAGGAUUUUAUGUUCAACUGUAAUUCAAGAUUUUGGAAGGAUUUUUCUUGAAAAGUUGUGAAAACAUCCUCUUUGGGGAUAAAAAGUUGAGUCCAUCUUGUAAGUACAAG